CAGGCAGGGCCAUGGCAGCAGGCGGCCGGCAGGCCGGGCCCAGGCCGGACCUCGGCCGCUAUGUGGUGUCCCGGCCCAUAUACAGCGAGACGGGCUUCCAGGAGGAGAACGAGAAGAGAGCGCGUCUGCCGCCGACCCUGCGCGAGCGAGUCCAGGGAGCCUGCAGCUGUUCAAGAAAAAAGGCCUUUCAGAUAAUCAAGUCCUUUCUCCCUAUCCUGGAAUGGCUACCUAAGUACAGAGUAAAGGAAUGGCUAGUUAGUGAUAUCAUCUCCGGUGUCAGUACGGGGCUUGUAGCUACUUUACAAGGUUUGGCAUUUGCUUUACUGGUUGCAGUUCCUCUUGGAUAUGGUCUCUACUCUGCAUUUUUUCCCCUCCUGACAUAUUUCUUCUUGGGAACAUCAAGGCACCUCUCAGUUGGACCUUUCCCUGUGGUCAGUUUGAUGGUGGGAUCUGUUGUGCUGAGCAUGGCACCUGAUGACAAGUUCCACAUAAUGAGCAGUAAUGCUACAGGGCUUAACAAAACACUGAUAGACACUGUAUCCAGAGAUGCACAGAGAGUAGUGAUUGCCAGUACCCUCACAUUUCUGGUUGGAAUUAUACAGCUUGUGUUUGGAGUCCUUCAGAUCGGUUUCAUUGUGAGGUACCUUGCAGAUCCCCUGGUUGGAGGAUUCACAACUGCAGCUGCUUUUCACGGUUUUGUUUCACAACUGAAAAUAGUCUUAAAUGUUUCAACCAAAAAUUAUAAUGGGAUCCUUUCCAUAAUAUAUACCCUCAUUGAAAUAUUUCAAAGAAUUGGUACCACCAACAUUGCAGAUCUCAUUGCUGGGCUACUCACCAUUUUUAUUUGUAUGGUAGUUAAAGAAAUAAAUGAUCGAUUCAAACACAAAAUCCCUGUUCCUAUUCCUAUAGAAGUAAUUGUGAUAAUAGUAGCCACAGGGAUCUCAUAUGCUGCUGACCUGGAAAAAAAGUACAAUGCAGGCAUUGUUAAAACCAUUCCUAGAGGGUUUUUGCCUCCUGAGCCUCCAGCUGUCAGUAUGUUUUCAGAAAUGAUAGCAGCCGCAUUUUCCAUUGCUGUGGUCGCUUAUGCUAUCGCUGUGUCUGUGGCAAAAAUCUAUGCAAAGAAACAUGACUAUCCUAUUGAUGGAAAUCAGGAAUUUAUUGCCUAUGGGAUCAGCAAUGUGUUUGCAGGAACUUUCUCUUGUUUUGUUGCUACCACUACUCUGUCACGUACUGCUGUCCAGGAAAGCACUGGUGGGAAAACCCAGGUUGCCAGCAUAAUCUCAGCAGGGAUUGUACUGAUUGCCAUUGUGGCUCUGGGGAAACUGCUAGAGCCCGUACAGAAGUCUGUAUUGGCAGCUGUUGUCAUUGCCAACUUGAAAGGGAUGUUCAUGGAGGUGUUUGAAGUUCCUCGUUUGUGGAGGCAGAAUAAGGUGGAUGCUAUGAUCUGGAUUUUCACAUUUGUGGCAUCCAUCAUUCUUGGUCUUGAUUUGGGAUUACUUGCUGGCCUUGUGUUCGGAUUACUGACAGUUGUGGUGAGAGUUCAGUUUCCCUCGUGGGGUGGCCUUGGGAACGUUCCUGGCACAGACCUCUACAAGAAUGUCAAGGACUACAAAACUGUUGUUGAACCAGAAGGAGUGAAGAUUCUCAGAUUUUCCAGUCCUAUUUUUUAUGCUAAUAUAGAUGGAUUGAAAAGCAGCCUGAAAUCCACCGUGGGAUUUGAUGCAAUUCGUGUGCAUAACAAGAGGCUCAAAGCACUGAGGAUGAUACAGAAACUGAUCAAGAAGGGAAAAUUAAAAGCAACUAAGAAUGGCAUCGUCAGUGAUUCUGGGACUACCAAUGAAGCUUUUAAGUCUGAUGAAGAUCUCGAUGAUCCUGAAGAUCUUAAAAUUCCAACCAAAGAAGUAGAGAUCCAAGUGGACUGGAAUUCAGAACUCCCAGUCAAAGUGAAUGUUCCCAGAGUGCCUAUCCACAGUUUAAUUUUUGACUUUGGAGGUGUAUCAUUCUUGGAUGUUGUAGCCGUGAGGACAAUGAGAAUGAUAGUUAAAGAGUUCGAGAGAAUUGAUGUGACUGUAUACAUCACAUCACAUCAAGCAUGAAAUGAUGCACAGAGACAUCCAGGAUCCUAUUUUUGAAAAGAUUUCACUGAUGCAGGAAUCUAAGGAACCAAUAGAUUUCUCAGAAACAGGCAAGCUUGAUGAUGAACUUGAUGUUCAGGAGGAG